AGUCAACAAAUUAAAUAGGCCAUCAGAAAACAUUAUAGAAGAACAGAAAAAGAUUGAAUUGAAAUUAAAAGAAUGUAAAACUAAGCUUAGUCAAUGUGAAUUAAUUCCCACAACAUGCCUCCCCUUCGGAGAUUAUUCAGGAAUUCAUCAACUCAAUGUCUCUGGCAUGGGUUUAUUCCAUGUUUUGUGCGAUAGUCAGUUAGCUGGACCUGGAUGGAUUGUAAUACAACAACGAGUUGGGGGAAAAGAGAGUUUCAAUAGGGAUUGGGCAACGUAUCGCAAAGGUUUCGGUUCUUUUGAAAGUGAUUUCUUUCUUGGAUUAGAGAAAUUACAUCGUAUCACGAGCUUGCAGCGUUUCGAACUUUACAUACAUUUGGUUGCUCAGAAUGAAAGUACCUACAACAUUCGUUAUGACGACUUCAAAAUAUCUGAUGAAGAUAAUGGAUAUGCACUGAGUUUGGGUAAAUUCAAUGGAACUAUUGCGGAUAGCGUGAAAUACUCUGAAAACAUGAAAUUCUCAACAUUCGAUCACGACAACGACAAAGUUGAUAAUGGUAAUUGCGCAGACUGUUUGAAAGUGGCUGGUGGUACAAAAGUUGUGCUUCUUGUCAUUUAAAUGCACCAUAUGGGCCAAAUCUACGUUGGAAGGAAAAGGGGUACGAGUAUAUUGUACUUAAAGAAGUUAAGAUGCUAAUUCGCCUCAAAGAAGAGAUGAAGAAGUGGUAAACUGAACAGCUGAAAUUCCCAUAUUUGACUCAAUUAUGUAAUCAUUUAUAUAUGAUUGGUGCAUUAGGAAAUUGCGUUCUGGAAAAUAAAA